AUGGGACAAGCUGAUUCACGUCCUUUACAAGAAAUGGUUGAUAAAAGCAAUUUCACUCCUGAAGAGAUCCAAAGACUCUAUAAAAGGUUUAUGAAACUCGACAAAGAUGGUUCGGGUUCCAUUGACCGAGAAGAAUUUCUUUCAAUUCCACAGAUUGCAAAUAAUCCUUUAGCAUCAAGGAUGAUUGCUAUAUUUGACGAAGAUGGUGGUGGAGAUGUAGAUUUUAAAGAAUUCAUUUCUGGCUUAAGUGCCUUUAGUGCAAAAGGAAAUAAAGUCGAAAAAUUGCGUUUCGCAUUUAAAGUUUACGAUAUGGACAGAGAUGGAUUUAUUUCUAAUGGAGAACUGUUUCUUGUUCUAAAAAUGAUGGUUGGAAAUAACCUUAAAGACAAUCAACUCCAACAAAUUGUUGAUAAAACUAUCAUGGAAGCAGAUAAAGACAUGGAUGGAAAGAUUUCUUUUGAGGAAUUUUGUUCAAUAGUAGAAUCUACUGACAUUGCAAAAAAGAAAUUGUGGCUUGUUUCUAUCACAUAUUUUAAAAAUAAUUUAUUCAAUCACCCUUAUUUUGAUAUGAAUUUGCUUAACAUUGCAAAUAAAUAG